GCACGUUAGCAACUUCGUCCCCCCAACAUAAAAGGGAGCACACGGUGUGAGAACCCUUUGUGCUUAGAGAGCAUCAGUCCUCUUCUUUCCUUUUCUCUCUAGCUCCCUCUUAUUCUCUCUCACUAUAGUUCUCCCGGGCAAAUUUAUAUUCUUGAGAAAGAGAAAGAGAUCUAGCUAUAGAGAGAGAGAGAGAGAGAGAGAGUGAAUAUGGGAAGGGCUCCUUGUUGUUCUAAGGUUGGUUUGCAUAGAGGUCCAUGGACUCCUAGAGAAGACACAUUGCUCACCAAGUAUAUUGAAGCUCAUGGGGAAGGCCAUUGGAGAUCCAUGCCCAAAAAAGCUGGCCUCCUUAGGUGUGGGAAGAGUUGCAGGCUGAGGUGGAUGAACUAUUUAAGACCAGACAUAAAGAGAGGCAACAUAACCCCAGAUGAAGAUGACCUAAUUGUCAGACUACAUUCACUUCUGGGCAACCGUUGGUCUCUCAUCGCCGGUAGGCUUCCGGGUCGAACCGAUAACGAGAUCAAGAAUUACUGGAACACCCAUCUUAGCAAAAAACUCAGAAGCCAAGGCACCGACCCAAGCACCCACAAGAAAUUAUCUGAGCCUGUGGUCAAAGAAAAUAAAAGGAGAAAGAACCAAAAAACCAAGAACAACAUGAACAAGAAGGAGAUGGUGGUGAAAAACAAGAACAAAACAGGUCAACAUGUGGAGCCACUAAAGCCUAAAGUUCACCUCCCAAAACCCACUAGGGUAACUUCCUUUCUAUCCCUGCAAAGAAAUGACAGUUUUACUAGUAGCACCACCACCACUACUACAACCACUUCAAGCCAAGACUUAAAAGGAGGAGGAGGAGCUUUUGGUAUCAAUGAAAAUGAUCAAGUUUUAGUUAAUACUCGGGCCAAUGGGAUUGUGUUUUGUGUUGGUGAUGAUCAAGAUCAAGAUCAAGUACCCAAUUCAGCUGAUGAUAAUGAUCAUACGCUUGAAAAUCUUUAUGAAGAAUAUCUGCAGGCGCUGCUGAAGACAGAUCAUCAUCAUGAUCAUCAGAACCAACUUGAAUUAGACUCAUUUGCUGAGUCACUGCUGAUAUAAAAAAUUAAGAUAAAAUAAUAAUAAUUAAAGUAGUGUAUGAAAGAUUAGUGAGUUGUCGCGCGAAAGCGUUUGAGAUUGGUUUGUUUGAACUUUAGGUUUUCACGUGCUUACCUUCUAGUUUCUAGCCAACCGUGUAGUCAUAUUGGACCUUUAAUUAUGUAAUAUUUUUUUUUUAAAUAUUUGUGAAUCUGUGUGAUGGUUACGUGUUAAUGUAAAUUAGUAGAAUUUAAGAUGAUGAUGAUGUCAAUUUAGUUAGUAAUAACAAGCAAAUCUAAGUCUUUUUACCUUUUGG